CACGUCGACAUGUUUAAGUCACUGACAGAUAAAUUGUCGAAGUCCCUUGGUGAAGACACCUUGCUACCAGUUCCAUCUCUGGAUCAAGCAGACAACUGUCGACCGCUGUCCAUUGUGGUUAAGAAAAAUCGACGAUGGUUUUGGCGAGCUCCGAAAUAUCUACCUUCGCAAUACACUCUUUCACAGCUGCUAUCAAACAAAGAAGAUCUAGACGUUCCGAUUAUUAACGAGGAUCUGACAAAUUUCGAUGAUGUUUCGUCAUUCUCAGUCAAAGGGAAAAUCGGAGCGAAAAUAGCCAGCGAAGUUGAUCUUGAUGUGAAAGCAAGCGAUGAUAUUCAGAUGUCGUCAAAGCUUGGUCAGAUAGUCAAAAAUAAAGUGAAUAUUCCAAUAUUGCAAGAUCUUUUGACGAGGAAGAAAUUAAACUUGACCCAUCCAUUCAUUGAAGAGAUUCGACAGAAUUAUCGCAAUGUUCUCUGUGUAGUGGUUGGAUCACUGUGUACUACGAAGGACUGCCAACUUGUUGCUAAACUACUACGUGAAAAAGAACAAGGUGCUGAUGUGGGGUCACAGGGCCCUAUACAGGGUGAGGAAGAUGUCAGUGUUGUAGAUGAUCAAACCAGGGUGAUAAGAAUUCCUGCUGACAAACCUGUAUCCUACCAUGUCUGCGAGCUUCAUAUCACCACAGAGGGCGGUAUACGCUUACUAAUAUUAGGCGAAGGCACAGGUGGAUUUGAUAAACCUGAUGAAGAAAAAUUUGUUGAUAUCGAUGUUGGUGAAGAUGAGCCAGAUAAUCCAUUCAUAGAUCGGACAGAAUCGACAAAUCCAUUUGAUGACCCUGAACCGAAUCACUAUGAGCCAUUCAAGUCAAUUGUCAGUCUAGAAUUUGCAAGACAGAUACUGGUUAACCCAUUGGUUACAUAGUCUACUAAGGCAUCCAGCAAUGAUCGAUUCAAUGGAAUCAUUGAUAGGACAAGCUCAUGGUUUACUAACAAACAAUGAUACCCGGGAAUGUAAUGAAAAAGUAAUAUCCCGACAUCUGGAAGGAAAAGUGUCAUUGUGGAAGAUGUUUUUUGAGAAACUCAAGUUUAAAUUUCAAGAUGAGAAAGUUAACUAUCCCAGUGAAGAUUCUGAUGGUUAUAUCAUGGCUGUGCAUUGUGUAUUGGCAUCCAUGGCUG